AACGCAGCCGUAAUGCCGUAUCAGCUGUGAGCGGCGGCGACCUGUGUGUGUGCGGCGUGCGUCGACGCGUCGUACGUAGUUUGUUCAUUGUUGUGAAGCGAAAGAGAGCGCCCGUGUGAGCCGCCAGCGUGUGUGUGUUUGGGUGGGGAUUCGAUAGCGGCGACGACGAACGGCAGUUGCCGCGUCUUGACGACAUCCCUUCAGAUCGCCACCCCGGUCAGACUGUUAUGCUAGAGCUCCAGCCGACUGUUGUCUGAUCGCAGUGAUCACGGAACGUCUUCUCGUCGUUGGCGACCCGAUACGCUGCGGUGUCGUUUUCGUUUGUGUUUUUUUUUUCGAUCGACGGCUCACCGAAUUGACGUUAACUUUAAAAAAAAAUUAUAUAUCUUGUUUGGAUCUAUAUGACAACUCGAUCACUUAACGUUUGCACCGCUGCCAAGACAAUAUCGUUACAAUUCUAAUUAUAUAUGUAUAUAUGUAAUUUUUUUUUUUGAAUUUUUUAUUUUAAACGGUUUUUUUUUGUUUCGAUUUCUAAUGCCACACCUAACGAAGAUGAAGAAUUUAGACAACUCGCUCCGCACGUACAAUCGACGGGUGAUGCUCAGAACGAGGAUGCAUACGUAUACCAAACAAUAUGUCGAUCAUGUGGUAUUCAAGGCCAUUGUAUGCAGAAAUGUAGUUCAAUGUAAAAAACUAACCGAUGAAGACAUAAAAAAUCUUAAAUUGAAUUUACUUAAAAGUAAGGAUGUUAUACUCAAAGACAAUAAUGUAUCCAAAGAAAAUGUAUCUGAAGACAAUAAUGUAUCCAAAGAAAAUGUAUCUGAAGACAAUAAUGUAUCUGAAGAUAAUAAUGUAUCUAAAGACAAUAGUGUAUCUAAAGACAAUGAUCUAUCUAAAGACAAUAAUCUAUCAAAAGACAAAACUCUAUCGAAAGACAAAAAUCUAACUAAAGACAAAAAUCUAUCUAAAGACAAAAAUCUAUCGAAAGACAAAAAUCUAUCUAAAAACAAAAAUCUAUCGAAAGACAAAAAUCUAUCUAAAGACAAAAAUCUAUCGAAAGACAAAAAUCUAUCUAAAGACAAAAAUCUAUCGAAAGACAAAAAUCUAUCUAAAGACAUUAAUCUAUCUAAAGACAAUAAUAUAUCUAAAGAAAGCAGUACAUCUAAAUGCGAUGAACCGGCUAAAAAAAAACCGAAGGUGGAUACAAGCGGAAUAGAUGUUUUGAAGUUAGUAUUAUCUAGAGAGGGUGAAACUGAUAAAUUUAAAUCACAAUUCAAGUCUUCAUUAAAACCCAAUAAGAAAAUCGCUUCUACCAGUAAUAAUGAAGUACCUAUGGAAAUUGAUGGCGAAGAAUUUACAACAUCCGCAAAUUCUUCAGCUAAUUCUAUAAAAUGGCUUCAGGUCGUUGAUUUUAGGAAAAUGAUAGAUGAGGAUAAGCAUACAUGGUACAUAAACGAUUUUUUGGAUAUAAAGCCCGAAAGUAUAGCAAACAGCGCCAAAAAGUCAGUACUUCCUGUUAAACCAUCUCCAAGUGGAUCUAAAUCCACACAGAAUAACAAACAAGUGGUAGUUAAACAACUUGUAAAUAAAGUUCAGUCAAGAGGGGAUUUAACAGGAGUUGAAAAGAUAUAUAGGAAAUACUUUAGCAAACCCAUACAAGACAACAUUGUGAUUAUUGCUAAUAUACUUAACAUUAUUUCAAUGUCUAAUAAACAUCACAAAGCACGAAUGGAUGAAUCUUUUAAGAAAAAAUCUGAAGCUGAAAAACUUAAAGAAAGAUGUGAUGCCAACCGAUUACACAGCAGACAUAAAAAUAUUCUAGAAUUAAAAUUGAAGACCAAUUUUUUACAAGUCGUAACAUCUUUUGAUGAACAUGAUUUUGAAUCGGCAUUUCGAUUGUUCUUUUUGAGUAUAUUAACUGUACUUAGAGUUUUGGAUCAGCCAAAAUUCAAAAAAGGCAGCAUCUUCAAAAAUCUGGUUCUUUUAUUAUGGAAUAGCUUAAAAAGCGGCGAAUAUUAUCAUCCCAAAAUUUUUACGAUGUUCCGGUCAAAGACAUUUAGACCUGACUGUAUCGAAUUAAUAAGUCUAAUUGAAGAUAGUCGAGAUAAUGACCCCGGAAUCACUGAUCGCAUGGCAUUGUUUUUUGUAUCAACAGUAAAUAGCCGGGAUUAUUUUCAAAGAGUUAUUGAUGUCGUUACCAGCAACGAAACUAAUGAAGAUCUAGAAGUAUUAAUCGAUAAUGCUACCCUCCAAUGUUGCUUAAAUUCAAAGCUUAAAGAUCCUCCUUUAGAUUUACCAACUGUACGAUCCGUGGACAACUCAAAAAAAUCACCUGUGACAGAAACCAGUAAAAAUCCUAAUACCUCGAAUGAAACAACUCAUCGUUGGGUGCUUGCCAAAAAUCCAGAUGGAACCUACCAACAUAUCUCGGUAAUUAAAACUAAAAAGACACAAACAAAUGGUAAUACUGCAGUAGGACCAUCGACUAUGCCGAAACCGCCAUUACAUACUUUCUAUGAAUCAUUCUCUUCUUCAUUACCAACGAAAGUUUCUUCUGAAUCUUCUAUUCCUAAAGUGAUACAAACAAAAAAAUGCGUUGUUGUUAAGCCAGCUAUUUCCAAAAAUAAUUUGAUUCAAGUAACAGCAUCAUCGUCAGAAACUACAACAGGAACACCAACAUUUGUGACGUUCAAGCCAGCAAUUCAGAAUAAUAAAUCCUUGACCAACAGUCCUCUUCAAAGAGCUGAAGGCGGUACUAUUUUACUUGGUAACAAACAGUAUCAAUUGGUUAAGGGGCCAUCAGGUCAAAUGAGAGCAUUCAUGAAUGGUACUAAUAUAUUAUUUAAAUCACCGCCGAACGUUAUUAUUAAAUGUUAUUCAAGGAACUGUAACAAUUCUGCAACAAUAAUGUGCAGUAGCUGUACAACAGUGAAGUACUGUUCCCAUAAUUGCCAACGACGUGAUUGGUAUGAUAAGCAUAUAAAUGAAUGUGAACGAUUAGUAAACAUCAGGAAGACUCGAACCUAAACUUUCCAUUAUAUAUAUAAAUAAUUUCAAUGAGGUUUAUUUAUAUCAAAGGUUUUUUUAAGAAAAUAUUUUUAUUUUUAUUUUUGUUUAAUAAAAAAAUGAAUAAAGCCUUUUCAUAUUUUGAUACUUCUUUAGUUUGUAAAAUAAAUAUCAUAAUUGAUCACUAUUAUGUUUAAACUAUUAUUAUUACUUACAUAUUUUUUUAGGGCUUAAAUGUUGUUUUUUUUUAUCUACCUCAGUCGCAUUAUAUUUUUUUUUCCUGAGAGGGAGCACAAAGUAAAUAACUAAUUUUUGGUGAUUAUAAAUUAUAUUUGUUCCUUGAUACACUAUUUGUAAAUAAAAUUUAUAAAACUCAUUCUGGGGAGAGAGAGUAGAAUGUGGCUUAGGCUCUGAUUCAACGUAUGCAGGUUCAAUAUACCUAUGGAAUCAAAAGAAAAUGUACGAGAAAUAAAUAUCUAAAGUUUAUCGAUGUAAACGUUCGACACAUCAGUUUUUCUGUAUUUAGUAAUAAAUAAAUAAUUUAUAUAUGUUAAUAAUAUAUAAUAUUUCUUAACUUUGUGAUUUUAAUAAAUAUUAAGUUUUAUUGUA